AUGGCGGACGAGCAGAAGAACGAGACCCGGCUCCAGGAUGCUGUUCCUCCAGCCGAGCAGGUCGCCAUGAACCAAUCCAUCAAUGUCAAGGAGCCGAGGUACCUGGGCAUGCGCGGCAAGAUGCUCAGCACCAUCGUGUCAGUCGUCGCUACAACCGGCUUCUUGCUCUUCGGCUACGAUCAAGGCGUCAUGUCUGGCAUCAUCGGCGCCGCCCCUUUCAACGACUACUUUGAGGAAACCAAAGACAACAAGACCUACCAGGGCUUCGUCACUGCCAUCUAUGAAGUCGGAUGCUUUUUCGGCGCCGUCCUGAUGCUUGUCAUCGGAGACAGGCUUGGCCGCAAGCGGGGCAUUAUCGCCGGCGCCGUCAUCAUGAUCGUCGGUGUUCUUAUUCAGGUUUCGGCCGUCAAGCCCCACCAUCACAUGGCCCAGUUCAUCAUCGGCCGCACCAUCACUGGCGUUGGUAACGGCAUCAACACUUCGACCAUUCCGACAUACCAAGCCGAAUGCUCCAAGUCCACCAACCGCGGUCUGCUCAUUUGCAUCGAGGGCGGUGUCAUCGCCUUCGGCACUAUGAUCGCCUACUGGAUCGACUACGGCUGCUCGUAUGGCGGCCAGGACCUGUCGUGGCGCUUCCCCAUCACCUUCCAAUGCCUGUUCGGUCUCGUUGUCGCCAUUGCCAUGGUCGGCCUCCCUGAAUCACCUCGCUGGCUCUUGACCAAAGAUAGGCACGAGGAGGCCAUCAAGGUCAUCUCCGCCCUGCGAGGCCACACUGUCGAUGCAGAGGAGACCCGCAUGGAAGCCGCUGUCAUCAUCGACUCGAUCCGCGCUUCUGGUCACGUCGGCAGCACGAGCUACCGCGAUCUCUUGACCGGCGGCAAGACGCAGCACCUCCGCCGCUGCUUGCUGGGCGCGUCCGCCCAGCUGUUUCAACAAAUCGGUGGUUGCAACGCCGUCAUCUAUUAUUUUCCUAUUCUGUUCGAGGAGUCCAUAGGCGAGACGCCCAACAUGUCCCUCCUUCUUGGCGGGGUGAACAUGAUCGUCUACUCGAUUUUCGCCACGGUGUCCUGGUUCAUCAUUGAGCGCACGGGCCGACGUAGGCUCUUCUUGAUUGGCACCGUAGGCCAGUGUCUCUCCAUGGUGCUCGUCUUCGCGUGCCUCAUCCCAGGCACAACGUCCGCGGCCAAGGGAGCUGCCGUCGGACUGUUCCUGUACAUCGCCUUCUUCGGCGCCACAUGGCUGCCGCUGCCCUGGCUCUACCCCGCGGAACUGAACCCGCUCAAGACGCGCGCCAAAGCCAACGCCAUCUCGACCUUCACCAACUGGAUCUUCAACUUCCUCAUCGUCAUGGUGACGCCCAUCAUGCUCGAGAACAUCGGCUGGGGCACCUACCUCUUCUUCGGCGCCGUCAACGCCGCCUUCUUCCCCGUCAUCUACUUCUUCUACCCCGAGACCAAGCAGCGCACCCUCGAGGAGAUCGACAUCAUCUUCGCCAAGGGCUACGUCGAGAACAUGUCGUACGUCCGCGCCGCCAAGGAGCUGCCCUACCUGACCGAGGCCGAGAUCGACGCCAAGGCCAAGGCCUACGGCAUGGUCAGCGACGAGGAGAACGAGUCCGACGUCAACCAGAGGAGGGGCUGGUCCAGCAGCGAGGAGAAGGAUGCGUCGCACAUUGCCUGA